CGGCCCAAGAUGGCGCGAGGUCGGCGGCGCCCGCCGGCAGCGACAGCGGCGUCCGCCUGAGCGCCCGGGGCGGCGGCGGCGGGUCCUGCGCCAUGGAGGGCGGCGAGCUGGCCGCCGAGAGCAUGGAGACCCUGACCGAGCUGGGCGACGAGCUCACCCUGGGCGACAUCGACGAGAUGCUGCAGUUUGUCAGUAACCAAGCAGGAGACUUUCCAGAUCUGUUUUCGGAUCCCUUGUGCAGCACCUUCCAGGGUGGCAGCAGCAGCAGUGGCAGCAGCAGUGGGACCUUGGAGCCGCAGUUGCAGCGGUCAUACAGCCAGGUGCAGCUCCAAACCUUUCCGCAGCCGCCCGCGUCCCCCCAGCUCCAGAGCCUGCCAGUCAAAGCGGCGCAGACGACACCUCCAGCGCCUUCACGCUCAGCCCCUCUCCUUCAGCCCCGGCCCUCGCUCCAGCCUCAGCUCCAGCAGCAGGCUGUCAUGAUCACGCCAACGUUCAGCUCUGCUCCCCAGACCAGGAUUAUCCAGCAGCCGGUCAUCUACCAGAACGCGGCCACAAGUUUCCAAGUUCUCCAACCUCAAGUCCAGAGCCUUGUGACAUCCUCCCAGGUUCAGCCAGUUGCCAUCCAGCAACAAGUGCAGACCGUGCAGGCCCAGCGAGUGCUGACCCAGGCUGCCAACGGCACCAUCCAGACAUUAGCGCCAGCCACAGUCCAGACGGUUGCUGCUCCACAGGUCCAGCAAGUUCCGGUUCUGGUCCAGCCUCAGAUCAUAAAAACGGAUUCCCUUGUCCUGACAACCCUGAAAGCAGAUGGUAAUCCUGUUAUGGCUGCAGUACAGAACCCAGCGCUGACAGCACUCACUGCUCCCAUUCAGACCACAGCUCUGCAGACCCUCGUUGGGAGCAAUGGGACCAUUUUGACCACAAUGCCGGUGAUGGUGGGACAAGAAAAGGUGCCUAUCAAACAAGUUCCUGGGGGUGUCAAGCAACCUGAACCACCUAAAGAAGGAGAGAGGAGAACAACUCACAACAUCAUUGAAAAGCGUUACCGGUCAUCCAUAAAUGACAAAAUCAUUGAGCUGAAGGACCUUGUCAUGGGCACAGAUGCCAAGAUGCACAAGUCUGGAGUCCUGAGAAAAGCCAUUGACUACAUUAAAUACCUACAGCAGGCCAACCAUAAGCUGCGACAGGAGAACAUGGUUCUGAAGUUGGCCAACCAAAAAAACAAGCUCUUGAAGGGCAUUGACCUAAGCAGUCUAGUUGAGAACGAUGCAGAUCUGAAGAUAGAUGACUUCAACCAGAAUUUGCUGCUGAUGUCUCCUCCAGCGUCUGAUUCGGGAUCCCAGGCUGGUUUCUCUCCCUAUUCCAUUGAUUCAGAGCCAGGAAGCCCUCUCCUUGAUUAUGCAAAGGUUAAAGAUGAGCCCGACUCUCCUCCUGUGGCGCUUGGUAUGGUGGAUCGCUCUCGAAUACUCCUCUGUGCUCUGACAUUCCUUUGCCUUUCCUUCAAUCCACUGACAUCCCUCCUGGACAUCCGGGGAACCCCAGAGUCUGACAACUUGGUGCGCCACAGCUCUGGCAGAAACGUGCUGACCAUUGAGUCAGAUGCAGCUGGUUGGUUUGGUUGGAUGAUGCCCACGCUAAUCCUGUGGCUUGUCAAUGGAGUGAUUGUACUGAGCGUGUUCAUAAAGCUACUUGUGCAUGGAGAGCCAGUGACCCGGCUACACUCAAGGUCGUCGGUCACCUUCUGGAGGCACCGCAAGCAAGCGGACCUGGAUCUGGCACGGGGCGAUUUUGCUGCAGCUGCGUCAAACCUGCAGACUUGCCUGUCAGUACUUGGUCGAGCACUGCCAGCUUCCCGCCUGGACUUGGCCUGCAGCCUGUCCUGGAACGUGAUCCGCUACAGCCUGCAGAAGCUGGCGCUGGUGCGGUGGCUGCUGAAGAGGACUUCUCAUCAGUGGCGAGCAAGGGAGGCCACUGCGGGCUUCGAGGACGAGGCCAAGACCAGCGCUCGGGAUGCGGCUCUAGCGUAUCACAAGCUCCAUCAGCUCCACAUAACAGGUAAACUUCCGUCCAGCUCAGCUUACUCGGGAUUGCACAUGGCCUUGUGUGCUGUGAAUCUGGCUGAGUGUGCAGAAGAAAAGAUCCCACCCAGCACAAUGGCAGAAAUCCACCUGACUGCUGCGGUUGGCUUGAAAACCCGCUGUGGAGGCAAGCUUGGCUUCCUAGCGAGCUACUUUCUAAGCCAGGCUCAAAGCCUGUGCAGCUCAGAGCGCAGUGCUAUUCCUGACUCGUUGCGUUGGCUGUGCCACCCCCUGGGACAGAAAUUUUUUGUGGAGCGAAGCUGGACGGUGAAGUCGGCUGCGAAGGAGAGCCUGUACUGCACCCAAAGGAACCCUGCGGAUCCUAUUGCACAAGUCCAUCAGGCGUUCUGUGAGAACCUGCUAGAGCGAGCGGUGGAUUCCCUCGUGAAACCUCAGACUAGCAGAGAAACGGCGGGGCAAGAGGAGGAGGAGUCGUGUGAGUUCUCGGGUGCCAUGGAGUACCUGAAAUUGCUCAACUCUUUCUUGGACUCCAUGGGAAGUGGAGCCCCGCCCUUUGCCAGCAAUUCUGUACUCAAGUCUGCUCUGGGUCCUGACAUGGUGUGCCGAUGGUGGUCAGCAGCGGUGGCGAUGGCAAUUGGUUGGCUCCGGGGGGACGAUGCAGCUGUGAGGUCACAUUUUGCAGAAGUGGAACGCAUGCCGAAAUCCCUGGAGAUGUCAGAGAAUGCCCUGGUGAAAGCCACCUUCCACGUGUGUAAAGCCAUGCAGGCCUCGCUGUCUGGGAAGGCAGAUGGACAGCAGAACUCCCUGGGUCACUGUGAGAGGGCCAGCAGUCACCUAUGGAACAGCCUCAACAUGAGCAGCAGCAUCUCUAGCACAGUCCUCAGCAAUAUGAUCCAGCUGCUGACCUGUGACUUGCUGCUCUCUCUCCGCACCAGCCUGUGGCAGAAGCAGGCGAAUGCCAGCCAGGCGCUGGGUGAGACCUACCACGCUUCGGCCCCCGAGCUGACGGGCUUCCAGCGCGACCUCGGCAGCCUGCGCAAGCUGGCCCACAGCUUCAGACCCGCCUACCGCAAGGUCUUUCUCCACGAGGCCACCGUGCGACUGAUGGCAGGUGCCAGCCCUACCCGCACCCACCAGCUGCUGGAGCACAGCCUGAGGCGACGCACGCCCCAGAGCAGCAAGCAAGGUGAACUGGACACAUUGCCGGGCCAGAGGGAGAGAGCCACGGCCAUCCUGUUGGCCUGCCGCCAUCUCCCCCUCUCCUUCCUCUCCUCCCCGGGCCAGCGAGCUGUCCUGCUGGCUGAGGCCGCCCGCACCCUGGAGAAAGUGGGGGACAAGCGCUCCUGCAAUGACUGCCAGCAGAUGAUUGUCAAGCUGAGUGGGGGCACAGCCAUUGCUGCCUCCUAAUGCUGUCAUGGGGCCGCCUUGUACAAAGACAGCCUGGUUGACCAUCAGCCUGGACUUCCCUUCUGGAGCUUAAAAAAAGUACUAGGUUAGGGCUGUGCUGGUGGGAUCGUGAUGGGGUGGGAGGGAGGGUUUUGGUUUUGUUUUAUUUUUUUUCUAAACUUGCCCCAGGUUUAGCUUUAUUAGCUUCCUUUCUUGUUCUCAGGCACUGCAGCAGGAAUCUGUCUAGUUGUGGUUUUUGUCACCUUGCCUGGGGCUGUUGGGAAGCUCUGUCCUGACACUGAUUCCCCAUUCCUGGUUUGGGGAGAAGCUCACAAGCCCAAGGCAUAGAGAAGUGACAACAUUCUAUGUCUGUCCUCAGGGGUAUUUUGUUCCUUUCCCAAACACCUCUGCAGAAAGAAGUCUUUGGGGAGGGCAGAGGAUCUGCUCAAGCCUUGUCCCAAAGGGCUGCAGGGGCUUGAGGAUGUUCCCAAAAGAGAGGGGAAGGCACUAACUUUCCUUGAGUUGUGUGUCAGGAAACUGAAACCCCUAUACCCAACUUACCUAGGUGCUCUGGGAGUAUCACUCGGGGCCAGUACUGCCCAACAAAUUUCUCUACAGUUUUUAUACAGGUUUUUUUAUAAGAGUGUUUGUGGCUUUACGAAAACAUAGGGAACAAUGCAGCAGAUUUCCCUUCCUCUGUGCUUCAUGAGUCUUUUCCUAUGAUAGCUGCCUCCAGUUUUUGGCAGGGGUUGGGUUUGUAGCAGCCUACAAGAAGCAGAAAGUCUGGUAGAAAACCUUGGCAUCCCUGGUCCUGUGAUGCUGGGUGGCAGCAGAGGUGGACGUGCUGUGCCCUGCAUUGGCGUGAAGGGUGAAUGCUUCUCUGGUGCCUUUUCGUUGAUGCAGAAACAAUUUAUAGAAAGAGCUUUUUAUUUUACUCAACUCCCAGUCCCAGAAUUUGUUUUCAGGUGUUUGUCCUUACCUUUUCCAACUGCUCAGCAGUUCCUGCAGAAUCUGGGAAGCACUGGUUCAGGGUGCAAGUCUCCCAGCUUUGUUGCUAUUUCUAUUCUGAGCAGUUUGACUUGCAGGUGUUGAAUUGCCUGUGACUUUCCAAGAGGGGGAGGCGGAUUUGGGACAGGGAGGGAACGGUUUGCCCUCUUUCUCUUGCCUUUCCUGUUGCAUCUCUCCAAAGAAGUGCAAAGCGGUUGCCCUCUCACACGUGCAAGUGUGAAAACCAGCGUUUGACAAGCGGGCAUUGCUGUUUCUCCCUGUGUUAUGGUCAGUGUGUUCUCCAUGUUAGCAGCUAGAAACAUACACAGCAGUCCAAACCCAUCCUGUCCCAAUCAGGCCUGUACUGCCCAACUCCUGCAAAAUCAGAACUUGUACUGUUUUAUAAGAAGCUUUUACAUGUAUCCACCUUUUGCAGAGGGGUGUGAGAGCUUGAGCUCCUUAAAAUGAGAGGAAAAAGAUAGGGGCUUCUGGUCUCACUUUGGACAGGGUCUUUUGGCAUCUGUGAGGGGCAUUUCACGUGCUACGGGAAUUGAGCAUAGGUAAUGCUAGUUGUGGAGUUGCCUGGCUUCACAAAGAUGGAGACCGGGGCCGGGAGAAACCUGUCUCCCAGCAAAGCCUGUUCCCAGUGAUCAUGGUCUGUAGCUGCAGACAAAAGUGCAGGGACCAGAAGAUAUUUCCCUCCCUCCCUCACAUUAUGUGGGGAAUAGCUGGUAGACACCCAGCUGCAAUGGCCGGGAGCUUCUUGUCCUACUGGCAGGCAGGGGGUCCCUUGCUUCCCAGGGUUGGUGGUUGGAGGGGAGCUCAUUGAGGGGAAGAGGUUGCUCUCAAGAGUGUCUUUGAUCAGUGUAGAGGAUGCUCUGGUGGCAGCAACUUCGGCUUUGAGCAGGUAUCCUAGGUGUGCAGAAGAGCUCUUGGGUUCAUACACAUUUUAAUUGCCCAUUCCCAAGUUUCCUGGCUUAUCAGUGAUUCUAUUUUGGGAGGUGGAUUGCCUCCUCCUGAUUUUUGUCCUCUUCAGUGGCUCUCAUGCUGUCUUCCUAGUCAUGUUUUUUCCCUGAAAUGCAGAAGCUCCGUGCCUGUGGCAACCUCUGAGUUAUUUUACAUUUCUCUGGGUCUGCAUGCAACAUGUGGGAAGUUUUGUGCUUUAGUAAAAUGGGAAGCAAGGCCUUGGGAAAGCAGUGAUGCUGAGGUGCCACUUGGUCGCUAACAGUGGUCUGAGCCCUGGGGGCUGGGCUGCAGGGAGUACUGGCUGGGCUGGUAGCUGGGAGACUGCUGGGCUGAAACCCCAAGGAGGGUCCUAGCAUGGCUGAUACUUUUCUGCCCCCCUCAAGAGUGAUGAUGGAUCUUUGCCCUGUUUUUUCUACACUGUUUAUAAAUUCGCUGCCCAUCUCUCCCUACGACUUUUUUUACAUGUGUAUGUAUAUACUGUAACUUUUUUGUUUGUGGGUGGGAGGAAAUUGUUUUAUGGAUUAUGUGAAGAAAGUCUAUUUAUCCACAUGGAGUUCAGAGUAGGGAUGCUUUGUGAUACAAGAUGCAACUGGUGGUGGGGAAGUUCCCCAGGGAACAUAUCUGCUGUCUGAAAACCCUGUUCCAGGGCUCCUGAGCAUCUGUUACCUAAUAAAGAUGAACGUUACCACCA